GAUCGGCCUGCGCGGCGCCGCAUGUAGUCGAAACGUUGAAGUCCAAACGCUGCGUAACUGGUUCAAAAGGAUGUCCCUAUGAAGUCUGAGAGUUUAGUCAGACAGGAAAUCUUAUUAAUAUCAUGAAGUCGAAUUCUCUCUUCAGUGUUCCACAGUUUGGUAUUUCUGAUAGGUUUAAUCGUAACGCCGUCAGUGCCAGAUACAGGCGGCAUGUCGAUACCGGUGGUUCAGAUCAGAGUAUCGGGCAACCAGAGAUGAAAGAUGUGCAUCUAACUUUUCUGCCGGAGAGAUCAUACAAACCUCUAGUGGAAGAAGACAGCCAACAAAGAAUAAGGGAGGAAAAGAAGGCAAAAAAGAAAGAUAAAUAUAAGAAAUACAGAAAGAACAUAGGAAAGGCUCUUCGCUACAGUUGGAAAUGUCUGAUGCUGGGUCUGCAGAAUUUCUCUGUUGGAUACUCCACCCCACUUUCCACUGGUGCAACAAUUGUUCUAGAUUUUCACCCAGGAGCAGCUUGGGGUUGAAAGAAACAGUGGCCAUUUUUACUUCAAGCUAAACCUACCAGCUACCUUCAUAUAUGGACUAAGUAAUUUGGUUUUACAGAUGCAGAUCCAAAAAUGCAUUAGCCUACAUCUGCUUUAGGCAAGCCUCUUAUCGUGGAAAUUGUCAUACGUCUAAUGCCUCUGUUGUAGCUAUAAAAUAAUAGAUAUCUUCUUUUGCUUUUUUUAAAUUCUGUGUUAUUUAAAUUAUGAAAGUAAUUAAGAUUAAUUAAAAGAUUUGAAUUGCGUUUUAUGGUUAUAACAGAGGCUUUGUCUGAGUGAUAAAGAAACUUGAAUGUUAUAUGAAAGUGAUGUAGCCUAUUAAGAACAAGUGUUUUUAAACAGUAACUAAAGUGGGAGAUUUUAAAGACCUGUAUAUGCACAUAUUUGUUUGCUUUGAUGUAAUUUAAACUGAUACAGGAAGUUAAGGUGGGACAUAUUAAGUGGCUUCUCCCCCUUUUAAAAUAGAUUGAAGUGUUUAGUUUACCUCACAGCCUGGAAUCUGAUCGAGAAUGAUGUCAUUAAAAUUAAGAAUUUUUAAAUGCUUGUAUUAUAUCUAAAUGUGAAUUUUGUCGGUGUUUUAGUUUAUUGAUAUCUUAAAGGCUAUAUUCAUACUAAAAGCCAAAACUUCAAAUUUGAUUUCAUGAAGGAUUUUAAGAAGAAGCACAUAAGGAAAGGACAGUUUGACAGAGACGAAAAAUGCAGUUGUGAUUAUGAUAAAGGAUUAAAAUUAAUUUCCAUAAA